AUGUCGCUAAAGAGACCGUUGGACGUUGAGGAGCUCCAUAGUAAGAGGCUGAAGGAAUCGUGUGAGCUCAGGCCGCCUGUACUACCGAUCAACCCAUUGCAGAGGCUCGAUCUGUUCAAGAAGAGGCAGAGAUGGAGACGGUCCCAGUUGUACUCUGCUAGAAGAUCCAGCACGAUGGUUAAGAGGAAGCAGGGCUCUACUGCCAGCUCCUCCGAUAUGAAGGAUGUCUGUGUGCAGACUGACUUCGUUCCUGAGCUGAAAUCGCAUACCCUGACGAUUGAUAAGUCUGUUGCUGUGAAAGACGCUGAGAGAAAGCUUGCUGGUGUGUACUCUGGUCUGCUUACGUACGAGCCACAAGAGAUCCAUGAGCCGAAGGUGAAGUUCAUAGAAGACAAGAAGACCGCCCCUAUACUGCUACAGGCUGAUAAGGUUCUCCAAGUUGAUAAGAUAGCGUCAGGGCCGAGUGCUGGGUUCAACUUUUUGGAUAAAGUUGAUCAGAAGAUUGAGGAAGUCAGACAACAUGAGGACGGAGGAUCUGCUCAGGUAGUGAAGUCCAUUAACUUUGGGAGUGAAGCAAAGAAGCCGUCGCUAUUUGGAAAGGAAGAAGCAGUUAAAGAGCCUACGUUGUCUUUCAAGGCUUUGGACAAUAAGACGGAGACCGCAUCGUCUUCGAAACCAGUCUCCAUUAAUGAAACAUCAAAGCCUUCUUUCAAUUUUGGUGUUUCUAAAGAUUCAACUUCUAAGCCUGAACAGCCAUCGUUGUUUAGUAAGGAGAAGGAAUCCAGCGUUCCAUCUUUCAACUUUGGUGGCUCAAAAUCAGCAGAGACCCCGUCAUUCAACUUUGGAGCUAAAACCCUGGCUUCCUCUGCUGUUCCAUCUGGAACGACAAGUACUGAGAAGAAAAGUGAGGCAGCAGCAGGUUUCUCGUCCGGUGUUUCUAAACCUGAAGAGAAGAAGGAUGCAACGUUGUUUGGCAGUGUUAAGCCAGAUGGCCAGAAAGAAGCAUCUACUUUCUCUGCAUUCAACUUUGCUGGUGCAAGUUCAACUUCUAAUACUGCUUCUGCUUUCAACUUUGGUGGAUCACAACCGCAAAAUCCUGCCAGUGUGUUCGGUCAGUCAAACAACAACAAUUCAGCUUUCCAAUUCGGUGGUGCCACUGCCAAUUCAAGUGCACCAGGAUCAGCAUUUGGAGGUAGUGGAUCUGUAACACCAGCAUUUGGUGGUACACCUCAACCUUCCAUGCCCCAGGCCCAAGCACAGGCUCCCCAAUUCAAUACCCAGGGCAAUGUGAACUUCAAUUUCGCUGGUGCCAAUACUGACCCAUCUUCUGUUUUCGGUACUGUAAAUCAGGGUGCUUUUGCUACUUCAACUCCUGGUGCUUCUACUCCAACGCCAAGGGCUGUUCAAGGAAGAAAAAUAGCACAGAUGAGACAACGCCGUCGUUAA